CGCGUAGGUAUGGGCGAGGCAGGGCUGUGCGCCGCGGAGUCGAGAUGCUUGUUGUCUGCGUAUGUUGCAGUCCGCCGAGUUGGCUGAGUGGCUGGACACACGUUAUCCGGAUUAUGUCAUCGUCACUGCCCAGCUUACUCCGUCGACGAGUCCGUCCGGCAUGUGGCAACUCGCUGCGUCCCUCACAUUAUAACCCGCCCUCACCGCUCCUCCCCUCCCCCACUCUUCCCUCCUCUUCACCGCCUCGCAAUCAUAACCUCUACACUUAGACUCGCAAGACUUCGGCUCCUAGUCAGCAUGGCUGCCACCACCUCUGGUACUCCCCCUGGCGUCUUGCCGCUGCCACCCGCUCGUGAUAUCCCAUCUACAUUCGUCGCUAGUAUGAAGAGCUGGUGGCAUGCCGGCGAGAAGGAGAGCGCAGCGGCGGAAGAGCGGUUACUCAGGAAACUGCCCUUCUUCCGGCCGGCCGGCUCGCCUCCACCAACGCCAGACGGCACAUACCAGGUGGUGGCAGAAAGCAAGCGUGUCGAACUUAACAACCCUAAGCACUACAUCAACACCCUCACCAUGACACCGACCUCCCGGCAACUGGUGCUACUUCACGGAUACGGAGCGGGACUUGGGUUCUUCUUCCAAAACUUCCUCGCUCUGGGCCAGUGGGCUAGUCGGCGUGGGACGUCUGUGUUCGCGCUCGACUGGCUAGGCAUGGGCCGCUCCGCCCGCGUUCCCUUCUCCAUCAAGGCAAAACGGGACGACAUUGACGGAAGGGUGAAUGAGGCGGAAGGCUUCUUCAUUGACUCGCUGGAGCAAUGGCGUGAGCGCAUGGGGCUCGAGCGCAUGACGCUAGUGGGGCACUCGCUCGGAGGCUACCUGAGCAUCAUCCUGCUAUCGCCUGCAGGUGUGCCGCGCGAUCCCGAGAGCACCGUAUAUGCGCGCGAGGUGACGGACGAGCAGACCACCGGGCAGCUGGAGCGGAUAAAGACGGGACAGGAGGAGGUGCAGAAGAAGGAGAGCCGGUCGCGGAGGUUACUCACUCCGUUCCAGGUCAUCCGCUCGUCCAUGUUCUGGGGACCGAUGCUUGUGGGUAAGUACUCCAGCCGGCGGUUCAUCGGCUUGAGUCAGGACGAACCCGGGCGAUGCACGACUACAUGUGAACCUCGUACUUGCGAAGGGAUCGGGCGAGUACUGCGUCUCACACCUGCUCGCUCCGGUGCCCACGCGAGGCGGCCACUGGUGGAUCGGAUACACGCGUUGGCUAUGCCGAUCACCUUCGUUUACGGUGAACACGACUGGAUGGACCCUGAGGGCGGCUCUGAGGCUAUUGAGAGACUGCGUCAGGCAGGCAAUGGCGACGGCAAGAUGUACAUCAUCCCUCAUGCAGGCCAUCAUGUGUAUCUGGACAAUCCGAAAGCCGUCAACGACCUGCUCGUUAAAGAGCUCGACCGUCCGUUGAAGGCAUGAUAACGACAUAUCACGAUUAUAGCCGCAGCGGACGCGGUGACAUUCACACACUUGGACGGAUGUUCCUCCUACCUACAAUCAUUUGCUGGGCUAUUUAAGUUUGUACUCUAGAUAUAGACUGGGCAAUUUCGCGGUCGAACGCACAUUCAUCCUGUUGUAGUAUGCUCUCCUAAUUGCAAUGUCUGUUACUUGGUCUACUGUACUGC